AGCUUUGGGAUUACAUUACUUUUUUGAACCUGAUUCUGCAAUUUUAGUUCUCUAGAGUGAUUUGCAGUUUGUCUGAGUGCGCGAAUAUUCAAGAACCUUCCACCCUAGCCUCUUUUUCUCCGGGCAGGUAUAAAAGCCGAAUUGGUGCAAGAGUCGAUUACACAAAUAUACGAACAGCUGAACCACAAAGUACGACGCAGUAGGCGCAGUAGAAUCAAACAUCAACAACAACAACGACGAGCACAAAAUUGAAUUGUGAAAAAUUAAAGAGGAAAAAGGAGGCUUAAAUAAAAACAACUUUAACUGAUUUCAACAGCCCAAACAGUGAAAAAAGAAAAAAUUCGAAAUGCCUGAGAAAUUGAUGAAAAUUACCUACCAAGGCCCGCCGCCUGCAAAGAAGUUGAAUGCAUAUUUGCGUAUGCCCUCUCAGACCUAUGCCGUAUUGCGUCGUGAAAUUGACAUGUAUUUGUUCCAAGAACGUCAAUUGCCAAAGGCCGAGAUUAAGACUUUUUGGAUUGACGCUGAUAAUGAUGAAAUUGAGAUCGUGAAUCAAAACGAUUAUGAGAUCUUCUUUGGCCAAUGUGGAGUCAGUAUGCAUCUGCAAAUUGCAGCCAUCGAAGAGGAGGUAGAGCCUAAGCCGGCAUCUGCUCCCGACACUUCCGAUGAUCCCAGCAAUUUCAUCAUCCAUGACAAGGUCGAGUGCGACAUCUGUGGUCUUUCUCCAUUAGUGGGAUUCCGCUACAAGUGCAUUCAAUGCCCCAACUUCGACCUUUGCCAGGGCUGUGAGGCAUCCCACAAGCAUCCGGAACAUAUGAUGGUCCGCAUGCCAACUAAUGACGGUCCGAGUGUGGUUGAGGCCUGGCUAAGUGGACCCGGCCAUUCUGGACGUCGUUCAGGACGACGUCAUCAACGUGCUCAAUGCCCAUUCGCUCAAGGCACUACUCCUCCAACUGCUACUGGAGGUGAAUUCACUGCAAAUAAGAAUAAUCGUCGCGAGCGGGGUCGUCGCCAUGGUGGUGUACUCUCGCAGUUCUUAGAGAUGAUGACGAACUUGCCAGAGAGUAAUACACCGGUGACAACACCAACAACUUCUGCUGCUGCUGCUGCUCCUACCGCUGCGGCUAAGAAAGAAGAAUCGACUCCAUCGGCUCCCUCAGCUGAGCCCACUGUGACCCCUGAAACUGCUACCAAAGUAGCUUCCGGUGUCCAGGAAACGCCAAAAACGGCCGAGCCAGUGGCUGCUCCACGCUCAAAAGAUGCUCCUGAGCCAUCGACCGCUCAGACUGAAACGCCCCCAGCUGCUGGAGGAGCAGCCACGACUCCUACUACUCCAGUUAUUAAUUUGGAAAAUCUUUCGCAGAUUGUGCCACCCGAGUAUAUGCGGGCCGGAAUUGAAAUUUUGAAUAAUUUUAGUGAAAUGUUUGCCAAAAUGAUUGAUCCCAGUGAGGCAGCCAGCUUUGAUGCCUUUGAGCCAUCCUCAGCUGCAUCUGCUACUGCAUCCCAGGCUGCGGAGGCUGCCACUGAUGCGGCUACUGCUGCUGCUAAGGCAGCUGCUGCUGCGGUUAAUGCAGCCACUGCUGCUGCUAAUGCCACCUCUGCAGCCACUGCUGCUGUUGCUACUACUCUGCCGACACCACCUACUGGUACCCCAGAGUCAGUCUCGUUGUCAUCGGAAUCGUCUACCUCGACGGAAUCCUCGCUGGCAAAUGCACCACUGUUGACCACAGCUUCGCCAGUGGCCGCGCAGAAGCCCAAGGAAGAAGAGACAGAGCGCAGACGUUCGGAGAGUUUGGAGCACGAUUGGCAAAUGAUCGAUAAUAACGGCUCACCCGCCAAUACCGAAGCGCUUAUUAACUUAGAUACAUCUGCUGGGGCUAAUCCCACUCCAGCUGCCGCUUCUGCAGCUGCUCUUAACUUCGGUCAAUUGGGUGAAAUUUUGCGCCAGCACAUCACUGAUGAACAACAACGUGAACAGGCCACUGCCCACACCCAGACUUCGCAAGUGGCUACAGUGACCACAUCCACAUCGACCAAUUCGGUGAGCACCAGUUCCACUGGCACUUCUCCAGCUCCGCCAGAGGAGAAGCGCAGUGUGCCCAUAUAUCAUACAGAUGAACGCAUCAAUUCCGCCAUUCAUGCUAUGAUGGCCAUGGGUUUCAGCAACGAGGGCGCCUGGUUGACUCAACUUUUGGAAUCGGUGCAGGGCAACAUACCAGCUGCACUUGAUAUAAUGCACACAUCGCAGCGUAGCAGCAACUAAGAUAAAAUGAAAUACACUAUUAUCCAUAUAUUAUAUAUGUAUCUGUAUGUCUAUACAAUUAUUCCCAUAUCAUUUAAGUUUAAUGUAAUGUGUACUACUAACGCCCAUUAUGUCAAAAAUGCUAAGAAUCCGCGUAUUAUUUGUCAAUUUAUUUUGUAUGUAAGAAACAUUUGGUGAUUGCUUUAUUUUCCUUUCAUCCACAAAUCCGAAACUGAAUUGAAGGAAUGUGUCUUAUGUUAAUGUAUGUUAUGAAACAACAAACAAGAAACUUAUAUAAUCAAAAAAUGUAUGUAUCGUACAAUUAUUAUAAUCACACAAUAAAGUUAUCGAACAAUUAUA